AUGUCGGACUCCUUGUCAGAAAACAUCUGGCGCCACCGCUGCUGCCCACAAACACAUAUUAAGCCUCAGAAUCUUCAGCAUAUUGAAGGCGACAGCAUACAAGAAGAAGGUUUAAGAUCACCGAAUCCGUGUAAUUAUAGUUCUGCGUGUCGUAAUGGAUGGAGUUGCAACAACAACAGCAACAACAUUAGUACAUCAAGUUAUACAUGUCAAUGCGGAGAAUCAGGCUGUGAAAUAUACUUAGGUGAAGAAUGCAAUGGUAUCAACUACCGCACAACAUUCGUUUGUGGGAGACCUUGUUCCUAUAAUCAUUUAGGAAUACAGUGUAAUCCUAGUAAUAGUUUUAACAUUGAUUCAAGUGAUUAUUGCUGCUUCCUUUCCAUAACUAAAAACGAGGAAUGCAACCCUACCCUACCUACAUUACAACAUACGUAUAGCCCUGGUGAUACAUACGAGGUUAGCAAAACAACUCGAGACACUUAUACGGAGGCAGAGAAAACGACGAAAGUUCUACCGAGUUCAGGAGGAGAAACAGUGAAUGAGCCAAAACCUACAACAGCGACGAAAGUUCCACCGAAUUCAGGAAGAACAGAAAGAGUGACUACCGCAGAGUCAAAAACUACAACAGCGAUGACACAGCCACCGACCGCUACUACCGCAGAGUCAAAAACUACAACAGCGACGACACAGCCACCAACCACUACUACCGCAGAGUCAAAAACUACAACAGCGACGACACAGCCACCGACCGCUACUACCGCAGAGUCAAAAAUUACAACAGCGACGACACAGCCACCGACCACUACUACCGCAGAGUCAAAAGCUACAACAGCGACGACAGGGCCACCGACCACUACUACCGGUUUUACUGUCUUCACUUCAAACCUCAUUUUGCUGAUGGUGUUUACUGGGACAGCGGUUGUAGUCUUAGUUACUGGAUGUGUUUGUGUUAUGAUGGCUUUCGUAACAAAGCAAUCUAAUAGAAUUCAGCCAACUGGAGGAUAAGAGCAUUAUUAUCGUAUUUGACGUCAGCGCAGACCAUAUCGUUUCACUUAUCUUGUACAAAGCGAACAUUCUUGUGAAUUAAUAGUAGAUCUGAUUAGACAUUUUAUUACUUAAACCCUACUGUUGAACCUCUUAAUUUUGUUGUUUUAAUUCGCUCUGGUUUAAUUACUUGAGCACUCUGCUGAUGAUAUUUGCAACUCGUUCAACCGUUUUACUUAUAUAUUAUAUAUUAUAUAUAUAUAUAU